CGGAGAGGCGGGAGCGCUCCCCGGGCUGGAGGAUCCGGCGGCACCUUCUGCCUGGGCUAGUGCCCCUGCCUGCGGCGCCCCCGGCUCGCCUCUUCCGAGCCUCUCCUGCCUGCCUGGCUGUCAGGUCCGCGCUGAAGGGACCGUUCGCCUGCCACCCACCAGCCAUAGCCGGGGGGCGCCCGAGAAGAAGACGAGGAAGGAGAGGCAAUAAGGCGAGAGGCGGCGGAGAGCUGGAAAUGUCCCUUCCCUGUUGCAACCUGGUUAGAUACCUGUUCCCAGCCCUGCUCCUGCAUGGGCUGGGAGAGGGUUCUGCCCUUCUUCAUCCAGACAGCAGAUCCCACCCUCAAUCUUUAGAGAAGAGUGCAUGGAGGGCUUUUAAGGAAUCACAGUGUCAUCACAUGCUGAAACAUCUUCACAAUGGAGCCCGAAUUACUGUGCAAAUGCCUCCCACCAUUGAAGGGCAUUGGGUCUCUACUGGCUGUGAAGUUAGAUCAGGCCCAGAGUUUAUCACAAGAUCCUAUAGAUUCUACAACAACAACACAUUCAAGGCCUACCAGUUUUAUUACGGUGGUAAUCGCUGCACAAACCCUACCUAUACCUUAGUUAUCCGUGGUAAAAUUCGUCUUCGUCAAGCAUCCUGGAUCAUCCGAGGGGGAACUGAAGCCGAUUACCAGUUACAUAACAUUCAGAUCAUCUGCCACAGUGAAGCAAUAGCCGAAAAACUAAGUGUGUUGGUGAACCGUACGUGUCCUGGAUUUGUACCAGACAACAAUCCCUGGGAGCAGGAUGUGAGCUACAAUUUGUGGAGAGAAGAGAAUGGCUGUGAAUGCACCAGAGCUCUUAAUUUUGCCAUUCAUGAACUUCAACUGAUCCGAGUAGAGAAGCAGUAUCUACAUCAUAAUUUAGAUCACCUAGUAGAGGAGCUAUUUCUUGGAGACAUCCACACUGAUGCUACUCAGAGGAUGUACUAUCGGCCUUCUAGUUACCAGCCUCCUCUUCAAAAUGCGAAGAAUCAUGAUCAUACCUGUAUAGCAUGUAGAAUAAUUUACCGGUCAGAUGAGCACCAUCCUCCAAUCUUACCUCCAAAGGCCGAUUUGACUAUUGGAUUGCAUGGAGAAUGGGUGAGCCAGCGCUGUGAGGUGCGUCCUGAAGUCCUCUUUCUCACCAGGCACUUCAUCUUCCAUGAUAACAACAACACCUGGGAAGGUCACUAUUAUCAUUACUCUGACCCCAUCUGUAAGCACCCCACCUUUACCAUCUAUGCCAAGGGGCGUUACAGCAGGGGAGUGCACUCUUCAAAAGUGAUGGGAGGAACAGAGUUUGUGUUCAAAGUAAAUCACAUGAAAGUCACUCCCAUGGAUAUAGCUACAGCCUCUCUACUGAAUGUCUUUAAUGGGAAUGAGUGUGGAGCAGAGGGAUCGUGGCAAGUUGGAGUACAACAGGAUGUUACUCACACCAAUGGCUGUGUUGCUUUGGGGAUCCGCCUACCACACACAGAGUAUGAAAUCUUCAAAAUGGAGCAGGAUGCUAGGGGUAGCUACUUACUGUAUAACGGCCAGAGGCCUAGUGAUGGGUCAAGUCCAGACAGACCAGAGAAGAGAGCCACUUCUUAUCAGAUGCCAUUAGUUCAGUGUGCUUCAUCAGCACCAAGACCUGAAGAGUCACCAGAGGAGAACAAAAUAGGCCGCUAUAGCAGCAGGGCACCAGAAAAGGACUCCAGUGUAUUUGUCCUUACUCUGAUGCUGUUUAUUUGUACUGUGCCACAUUGGAACAUUCUCAGUUGAAAGGAAAAAACUAUUUUUCCUGACUACAAAACCAGGAUUCCAUAUGACUGAGGGUUUUUCUUUUCAGAAAGAAAAGGACAUUUAUUUUCUUGAUGCACUGGAAUGCCUGAGAACGGUUGUUCUUUUCCUUAUUUUUUUUCCCCUCCUUGAAUCAUGAACGGCACUCGUUUGAUGUUUUUGCUUUGAACUUCGUCCAGUCUGAUCCCUGGCCUGACAUGACUGCACAACCGUAAUUGCACUUUACGACUGCAGACUUACUUGGCUUUUUUAACUACUAGGGUAAACCUAAAGAUCCUGCUUCAGUUGGCCCUGCCAUUUUGCUGUUGUGGUUCAUUUCCCCCCUAGCACUCAGUUUCUCAUCAGAAUUUAGCUAUCAGGAAUCACUCUGUAUAGUAUUGUGUUAAUACUGUGAUAAUGGCUUUUGUCUUUUAUUCUUUAGGACUCUGCUGUAGAUAUGUACAUAUAAAGAAACCCCACAAGGAUCUAGCUAAAUACAAUCUUACAGUUUUUACACAAAAGAAAAAAAAUAUACAACCUAUCCUCCCGUAAGAAGGUAAAUGGAAAAUUAUCAAAAAGUAACAUUCAAAGUAAUUUAAGCUAUUUUUACAUAUAAUUGUUUAACUUGUAAAAACAACCAGAGGUUUAGUGGGCUGUAAAUAUUUUUCUCAUUCAGUUCCAUUAGGUAUGCAAUUGCUUCAUGCCUCCCAUUGUAUCUACUAACUAGUUACAAUAACCUCCCCCUCUCCUCUUUAAAAUCAGAUAGAGAAAACAUUUUUUCAUCAGGCAUGCACAGUAUAUGUAAGUUGCAGAAGUAUUAGUGGAUUGUUCCAUGUUGUUGUACUCACUACUCCUUAUACCCUCUCUAUGCAAUGUUCCUGCCUUGAAUUUCAUUUUGUUAGGGGUGAACAAAAUAAUGAAGGGGCUGGGGCCAUAACACAAAUCAUAAAACAAACAAACAAACAAACAAAAAACCCUCUGCUUAAUAAGAAUUGUAAAGUGGCAGUAGGUAGGAAGUAAAGAAAGGAUUGAAGCAGCAAACAUAUCAUCCAUGAGCCCAAUCACAUCUUCCUCCUUUCAACUUAGAGAGCAGAGAAACAACAGAAAAUUUGAAAAGAUGGAGCAAAUUUCACCAGAGGGAAUGGGGUUUCACAAAUACAGAGCACUCCCACCCUUCCUUUCAGUACACAAGCCCCUACACAGGGUCACAUUGAGUUUGAGGCUCAAUGUUUGCUUGUCUUCAGUAUUACGUGGCUGAGAUCGGAACAAAUCUUCAAAAUUACGAGUAAAAUAACCAGUCUCUAUUCUCUAUAAGAUGUAUGCAGUUAGGUCACAUAUGCAAAUGAGGUAGCUGAGAAUUGCACAAGUUAUUGAUCCUUUAAUUUCAUCAAACUCAUUCAAGUUGUAUAGCAUCAUGUACACCUAUGGGACAAUACAAAUAUAUUCCAAUCUAUAGUUUGUGUGACCUGGCUCCAUAGCCUGUCAGCCUAAGAUGGUAAGACUCAGCAACGGAGGACCUGUGAAUGGAGUAAUUUACAUCAUAUAGGUUCAAAUGUUUUUAAGAAGUGAAAGGAUAAAGCAGGGUUUUUUUCCGCAACCGUGCAACUUGACACUGGAGUUCUGUAGCAACAUUGUUACAUUCCAGCCCAGAAGAAGUUAUUGCACCCGAAAUAAAAAACGCAGAAUAUAACCAGCAAGAGAAAGAAACUGUUGUGCAAAUCAUUUUUAAAAACUAACUUCUUUCAAAGCACAAAAGGGAACAAAGGAAAAAAGUGAUCAGAAGUAAGACUCCUUCUGUGUUUCACUAGAGUUUACACAUUGUGCCUGCUGUCGUAGGUCAGAACAUGACAGGAGUCCAUAUUUUGAGAUGUAAAGUCAUCCUUGCCAAUGUUAAAGUGUAUUAGCUUAAAGCCCAGGAUUUUAAAAAAAUAUAAUUUUAUUUUUGUAAAGUUAUAGAAAAUAUUUUUCUUCCCAAUGUAGUGUUCCAGAUUAAACUAUCAGGGAACUUUGAGCACUUGUUAAAAUACUGAUUGAAAUAAAAGACUCGGUGAAGAA